UAAGAUCGUAUUCGAUCAACAAAACUUUUUGUAUUAAUAUGCACAGUUCUACAUUAUUGCGAUUGUCAUCAAAGAUUCUUUUAUUAUUGCGUUUAUAUUAGAAAAAUGUGACUAAUACCAGAAUACGUUGUGCGUAAGUCUAUACCUAUAAGAAAUAAAAGACAGAAAAUUGCGCAUGGAAUUAAUAUUCACGUUGACAUGCAAAUUAUCUGCGAAUUUGCAAUGCAAAUUUUCCAUCCAGGGGGACAUUUUGUUAUUUGUCAUAAUAAGUUUGCUGUAAAUUUGACGUACAAACUUGAUGAAAAAUGUUGUGCCAAUACUUGAAAUAAAAUUAUCAAAUAGAAAUUAUUGUCAAUAAUUAUUUCCGCUCCUCUUUUUUAGCAUAACCUCUAAAAGUUUUAGUUGUAUUUGUUGCAUUUAAUUAAAAUCAACAGGACUUUAGCAUCCGGGAAGUGACCCAGGUGACCUGAACAGUCAGUAGUGUCAAGUGUAGCCUAGCUGGUGGCUCUCUUUCGGCAAAUUAAAUGACAAGAGAGGCUGCGUUGGCCAUGAGGAGAUCAAUUUUCAUUGACGAAGAAACUGGAGAGUGUUUUGACAUUAAUGACGAUCAUCUGCAUGUGUCAAACAAUGUUGAGACAGGAGAGCCUGAGACCAACGUUGACUUUAGACGAAUACGUCGAAAAGUUCCCUUUCAAAUUCCUAAAGACAUUCAAAAAUCGAUUUCAAAGAAAAAAUAUGAUAAAUUCAAAGACAUUGAUAGCAUUCCGGACGGUGAAACUUUCUGCAGGAUAAAUCCUGUUUGCCUCUUUUUACCAGCAAUAAUAUACUUCAGAUGGUUUGUUGCCGUACUCUUUUUGAUGGAAGUUAUUCUUCAUGUUUAUUCACAUCGCAAAAACAAAAGUCUCAAGGACUCCAACGUUUACUAUCAAUCUCCAUUUCAUGGAAUCUCGUCAGAAUUUUGCGCUCUCUGUCAAAGUGAAACUUGUAUGAAUCGAGUUGAUAAAAUGCAACAAGCAAGAAUGCAUCGAUUUUUAAAGCAAUGCAAUUAUAUGAAAAGGGUUGUCACGUGAUCGAAAAAAAAAGAUUUCUACUUUUUUUUUUAAUUUUCUCCAACGCACAAAGUUUAAAAAUUAACAAAGCAUUGUGAUAUUUUACCUCAUUUUAUAUUAUCUUGAAAAUAUUAGAACAUCGCUUUAUUUUUUCGGUAUGGACGCCAAGGAACACACAAAUUAACUACUUAAUUUAACUAAAGGCGCUUAAACUUACAAUUAUUGUAAAUUAUCACAAUUAUUCUAUAAGAAGUUUAGUCACGAUUAAAAACAAUCAUUAAAUGGACUAGAAACGAAUAAAAGCCCAACUUUCGUCGAU